AUGGCGAAAGGUGCAAAGACAAAAAACGUCGUUGACGAGCAGCCGCCGUCAGUCGAGGAAGAUCUCUACAAAAUCCUCGGCGUCCAGUCCGAUGCGACCCCGGAGGCAAUCAAGACUGCAUACAAGAAGAAUGCUUUGAAGCAUCAUCCUGACAAGGUCAGCGAAGACGUCCGCGAAGAAGCCCAUAAGAAAUUCCAACAAAUCGCUCUCGCCUACGGCGUCCUCUCCGACGAGCGCCGCCGAAAGAUUUAUGAUCGCACCGGCAACACCGAUGACGUUCUCGGUGAAGAUGGCGACUUUGACUGGUUGGACUUUUACCGCGAGCAGCUAUCUGCAAUGCUCGACACUCGCGCCGUGUCCGAUUUCCAAAAGAAAUACCAAGGCUCCGAUGAAGAGAAGAGGGACCUGUUGGAGGCCUAUGAUCAGCACGAAGGUGAUAUGGAUGGCAUCUAUGAGUCUGUAAUGCUGUCCAACGUCCUGGAUGACGACGAGCGCUUCCGGGCUAUCAUCAACCAGGCCAUUGCCGACGGCGAAGUGGAGAAGUACACAAAGUACAGCGAGGAAUCCGAGAGCAAACGCCAGCGCAGAGUGAAGCGUGCACAGAAGGAGGCCAAAGAAGCUGAGAAACUCGCCAAGGAGGUGGACAAUAACAAGAAGAAGAAGGCUGCUGCGGCUGCUAAGGCAUCCAAGGCCACUAGCGGAGGCGGAGAUGAUGAUCUUCUUGCGCUUAUCACCAAGCGUCAGCAGCAACGUGGACAGGGCUUCCUUGCUCAAUUGGAGGAGAAAUAUGGCCAGCCUAAGGGUAAGAAGCGCGGUCCAAUGGAUGAACCAUCGGAGGAGGCGUUUGCUGCUGUUGGUGCCCGCAAGAAAUCCAAGGACGCGAAACCCAAGACUAAGAAAUCUGCCAAGUAG